AACACGAAUUGGAUUGGAAUAGCUUGUCAAUAGCCGAAUGUUUGGUGUGAGAUGCUAUGGGAUAUUCUUUUAUUGUCUGUUUUCCUGGUUGGCAUUUUCAACAUUGUUUUUAAUAGGCUCAACAGACAUGAACCUGGCAAACACUCAAAGGGGGAGUGGCGGCGGCCGGCGCGCGGCGGUGAGGUGCGUGUGAUCCGUCUGGUGCCCGGCCGAUUGGCCGAGUACGAGGUGCGCGGUGCCGAGUUCAGCAUAUCUCUGUGGCUCAACCUGACGGCGGCCAUCGCGGCGCUCCUCUUCUGGCUGGGACUGCACCUGCAGGACGACCGGCUUCUGGCCGCCCUGCUGGCCGCGCUGACGCUGGCUCUGCUGGCCAAGCUGCACUUCAAGGUGAAGCGGGAGACUCUACUGGUCGAGUCCUCGCUGGGCGUCCAGCUGACCACCGUGUUCGCCAGCGGCCGGCGCAGCUCGCUGUUCCUGGCGCGCGGCCGGCUCCGAGACCUGGUGAUCGCCGAGGCGCUCACCAUGCACCAGGUGGUGACGUACCUGGCACUGGUGCGCCGCCACCCGGACGGCCUGGUGCCGCUGUUCAGGCACACGUGGCCGCGCCGCGAUCAGCUGGAGCCUGUCUACCGGGACGUGCAGCGCAUCCUGAGCCCGGAGACGGCCGGCUGACUGACUGAGCGGCGCGGGAACGGAGCGACUGAGUGGCCCUGGCGGAGUACGAGCGAGACUGACUGAGAGGAAGCGAGGGGCGGUCCGUGUUGGUGUGUGACUAGAUUGACUAUCGUGAAAUGAUCGCAACUGUGAAUGAACUGUGAAUGGUAUUGAGUCAUUGACUAUUGAUGCGUAAUCAGUAUGAACUAGUCAGUUCCGUUACUACCAAGCUGUUGUGGUUUGAAGCUCACAAUUUCUCAAUCAUUUCUAAUACUUACAAGCUGAACUGUACCAAGUCAUCGUCUGCACACCAUGGUGGGUAGAUUAUCUGGGCGUAGUAUUAGUGACGUUCGGCCGGGCCCGACCCGGUCUGCCAGUGUUCCUCGUGCGUUGGCCAGGACAGAUACGAUCCAAAGCCCCGGAGCGAUCGGUUCUCGCACGAGUCUGAUGUCCUCGUCUGUAUCGGCUGCGGCACUGGCGGAAGACUCGCUCGAUCCA